CCUUGUUUUUUGUGUGUGCGACAUGGAUGAAGAGUACGACGUCAUUGUUCUCGGCACUGGUCUUAAAGAAUGCAUUCUCAGUGGCCUUCUCUCCGUCGAUGGCUUAAAAGUACUACACAUGGACAAAAAUGACUAUUAUGGAGGAGAGUCCAGCUCUCUCAAUUUGAUUCAGCUCUGGAAGCGCUUCAGGGGAGAGGAGCAACCGCCUGAGAAUUUAGGCACAAGUAGAGAGUAUAACGUUGAUAUGAUCCCAAAGUUCAUGAUGGCAAAUGGAACUUUGGUGCGCAUCUUGAUUCAUACGGAUGUCACCAAGUACCUCAACUUCAAGGCCGUAGAUGGUAGUUUUGUCUACAACAAAGGAAAGAUCCACAAGGUACCGGCAACUGAUGUUGAGGCACUGAAAUCCCCACUUAUGGGGCUGUUUGAGAAGAGGCGUGCGCGCAAGUUCUUUGUUUUUGUUCAAGACUUUGAUGAGAGUGAUCCCAAGACUCAUCACGGGAUGGAUUUGGAGACAAUUACAGCAAAAGAACUUAUCUCUAAGUAUGAACUGGAAGAUGACACGAUUGAAUUUAUAGGCCAUGCUCUGGCUCUGCAUUUUAGCGAUGAAUACCUGGACAAGCCGGCAGUGACUUUUGUGAAGAGAAUGAAGCUGUAUGCAGAGUCUUUGGCAAGAUUUCAGUCCGGAUCUCCUUACCUCUAUCCUAUGUACGGAUUGGGAGAGUUGCCUCAGGCAUUUGCUCGUCUAAGCGCAGUUUAUGGUGGGACUUACAUGCUAAGCAAGCCAGACUGCAAGGUGGAGUAUGAUGAUGGAGUUGCAAUUGGAGUUACAUCUGAAGGAGAAACAGCUAAGUGCAAGAAAGUUGUCUGCGACCCCUCAUAUUUACCCGAUAAGGUUGAGAAGGUAGGGAAGGUUGCGCGUGCUGUCGUUAUAAUGAGCCACCCAAUCCCAGACACUCAAGAGUCGCACUCAACUCAAGUCAUCAUUCCACAGAAGCAGCUGGGACGCAAAUCAGACAUGUAUCUAUUCUGCUGCUCGUACUAUCACAACGUGGCACCACAAGGAAAAUACAUAGCUUUCGUUUUGACAGAAGCUGAGACUGACGACCCGGAGGCUGAGCUGAAGCCCGGGGUCGACCUUCUCGGACCAGUUGAUGAGAUAUUCUAUGAAACCUAUGACAGAUACAAACCUACAAAUGACUGUGAUUCUGACCACUGUUAUAUUUCUAUGAGUUAUGACCCAUCCACACACUUUGAGUCCACUGUGGAAGAUGUUUUGGCUAUGUACACAAAGAUAACUGGAAAGGUUCUUGAUUUGUCAGUAGACCUUAGUGCAGCAAGUGCUGGUGAACAAUGACGUAUCUAAUGCGAGUCGUGAAUUGGUUCCAAUGGUUGACAGCAGAUGAAACUAGUACAUGCAUGCUCCUCCUCAGCUUCAUACAUACAAGUUCAAGUUUACAGAUUCUUCAAGUUUUUGCUUUGGUUUUGCACUUUAUAUUAGCUGCUAAUAAGAAGAUAACUUUCUGCUAAGUGAUUUUUCAUGUGUAAUGGAACAAGCCCUUUGCAUUAUAGCCAUGGAAGGAAAUGGGGUGUGUUCCAAGUUCCAACUCAACUUACUAAUUAUAUGUGGCUUUAAUUUCUAUGCUAAUGCUUGUAAGAAAAUUGAGUAUUGAAAUAAACU